GGGGUGGUGGUGGACGGGUUGGGGGGGAGAGAGAGAAGGUGGGUGCCUGCCUCUCUGUCUCUCCCUGGGCUGUCGUUCACCGCCGCUUCCCCACUCUAUACACACCACCAACCCCCCCCCCACCCCUUUUUCGAGGUGAGGUGACUCGGCUCGGUCGAGAAGGGGGGAUAUGUCCUCGCCCACCGUCACCACGCCAGUGGAGAAAGUAGACGGAUUUUCUCGGAAGUCCGUUCGCAAGACCAAGCAGAAGCGCUCGCAGAGCUCCUCGCAGUACAAGAUCCAAGGCAAAGCCGUCGACUUAAACCCCCUGCCUCUGCUGAAAGACGUUUCCACGACUGAAAAGGCAGCACUCUUCCAGAAGAAAUUACAACAGUGUUGCGUUGUAUUUGACUUCAUGGAUUCAUUAGGAGAUCUUAAAAUGAAGGAGUACAAGCGCUCUACUCUUAAUGAACUGGUGGACUUUGUCGCAGUAGGUCGAGGAAUCUUAACAGAACAGACAUACCCUGAAGUAGUUAAAAUGGUUUCUUUCAAUAUAUUUAGGACGCUUCCACCUUCAGAGUCUUCAGAGUUUGAUCCAGAAGAAGAUGAACCAACGCUCGAAGCAUCCUGGCCUCAUUUACAGCUUGUAUAUGAAUUCUUCAUUCGAUUUUUGGAGAGUCAAGAAUUCCAACCCAGUAUUGCCAAAAAAUAUGUAGAUCAAAGGUUUAUAUUGCAGCUUUUAGAGUUGUUCAACAGUGAGGACCCCCGAGAACGAGACUACCUGAAGACUGUCCUGCACAGAAUUUAUGGAAAGUUUCUUGGACUUAGAGCAUUUAUCCGGAAGCAAAUUAACAAUAUUUUUCUACAAUUUGUUUAUGAAACAGAACAUUUUAAUGGUGUAGCAGAACUUCUGGAAAUAUUAGGAAGUAUAAUAAAUGGGUUUGCAUUGCCUCUGAAGGCUGAACACAAACAAUUUCUGGUUAAGGUUCUGCUCCCUUUGCAUACUGUGAGGACUUUAUCACUUUUUCAUGCACAGUUGGCAUAUUGCAUUGUACAGUUUCUAGAAAAAGAUCCAGCAUUAACUGAAUCGGUCAUCAGGGGUUUACUAAAGUUUUGGCCAAAAACUUGCAGUCAAAAAGAGGUCAUGUUCCUUGGGGAGGUAGAGGAAAUCUUGGAUGUUAUUGAACCUACACAGUUUGUAAAAAUUCAGGACCCGCUCUUCAAACAAAUUUCCAGAUGUGUUUCCAGCCCCCAUUUCCAGGUGGCUGAGAGGGCACUGUAUUACUGGAACAAUGAAUACAUUAUGAGUCUCAUAGAAGAGAACUCUGCUGUGAUCCUGCCAAUCAUGUUUCCUAGCCUAUACAGAAUCUCUAAAGAACAUUGGAACCCCGCAAUUGUAGCUUUAGUCUACAAUGUACUGAAGGCUUUUAUGGAAAUGAACAGCCCUUUAUUUGAUGAGCUGACGGCAACCUACAAGUCAGAUCGCCAGAAGGAAAAGAAAAAAGAAAAGGAGCGGGAAGAACUUUGGAAAAAGUUGAGGGCUCUUGAAAUAAAGAAAGGUGUGAUAAAAGGGAUUCCAUCUUAAAGAAACAUGGUGCUAAUAUUCCCAUGGUAUACAUUUAUGUAGUAAGAGGUGGAACAACAGUUUUCUGUAUUGUGCUACUUUUUAGUAGAUUUCACACCUGUUUCAUUAUCAAUGACAGUCGGUUCUGUAACAGUAUUGUAUAUAACUUUUCUCUUCGCAUUUAAAUGGUAUGUCAAAAAGAAGGGCGUCAGUACAAAGUAUGUACAGUAGAUGGAUGUCUGAGAGCCCUUCUAUAAAUGUAGUCAUUAUUUUAACAUUUUUCAAAAAGAAAAGAAAAAAAUAAUUUAACAUCCUUAUGGGUGCAUGGAAACUCCCAAGAAGAUUGCUAUAUCAGGACACCUGGAUCGAGAGUUCCUACUCGGUGGCAGACUGCAAGAAAAUAUAUUUUAGACUGAAGAUUGUGUUCCUGCUUGACCCUGAGACUUUGCUGCAUUUUAAUUUAUACUUAACGUGAAGUUAUUUCUUAAAAGUUUGUGGAAGCUUUGUUUUUAAUUUGGUGGUUUUAAACCUAUUGUGGUGUUAAAAUACCUCUACAUACAGCGCACUGGUCGUGUAAAGGUUAGUGUCCAUAUGCAUCAAGAUGCAGUUCAUAACUUUUGUACUGGUAGUAGUGUACUAAAGUACACUCUUUGCAGAUAUACUAGCUGUACUGUACAUUAGAGAAAGUAUCUGUUAAAGAUACAUAAUUGUUUUGAUAGGAUACAAAACUGAGUAAGCAAGAUAUUUCCAAUAACUAAUCAAAAUGUAAGUUGUUGUACAAGAUCUUAUUCAUUAGCAGUAUAAGCUACAUAACCACCUGUAUUUCAUAUUUACACCACACAAUUCAUACUUAAAAACUUUAACUUGAAGGUUCAUGUAGAGAAAUGAACACCCUUCCUAACUCCAUGCACAGAACAUAAUUAAGUGCAUUAUACAUUGUGUGCGAGAGUUUGCUUUGUUAUGGUCAGUGCGGCAUGAUACAAGACUAACAUUGUUGGGAUUGUGUAUGUGACUAAUUUAAUGCGUGGGGUCAUCAACGCCAUACACACCUCAGCAUUUUUAAUGAAUCAGUAGGGAAAUAAGCCAUAAUGUCUUAUGGCGUAGUAUGCACUGUAUUGAUCCAGUUGGAUUGUUACACUACCAGUGUUAUAUUGCUCUGUGUGUUACACCACCACUGUUGAUAAAGCAGCUUUUAUCCCACCAGGUGUGGGAAAGUGUAUGGUAUAAAACUUAGUUUUUUAAAAAAAAACUUUUUUUGUAGUUUUUAAUUUUACUGCAGAUCAGACAUACAUCAUCCUGCACUGUUCUCGAUCUUUUUCAAGAAAACUAACUUCACGCUUCAAAAAAAAAAUGACCAUUAAGUUUCACAGGUUGUCCUCAAUCUAUUUGCUCAUUGGAAAGUGUUGGAAUAUCAGAAUAGAAUCCAAUCAGAAACUGUUCCUUUUAAAUCAGACAGCAAGCAGAGUGUGUAAGUUUGAUUUCUUUCAGCUUUGAAAAAGGCCUAGGCGGGUCAAGAAAGAUACUGUCCCCAUCAAGAAAUAUGUGCUGUUGAAUAAUCACUUGUUGGUUCAAAUACUGAUACAAGAUAUUUGCACUCAGCUAAAAUUGGUUACUAUACAGUAAAUACUGUACUUCGGAAUUAUACCUUUAAAGGUGUUAAAGUAACCUGAGAACUGAUGUAGGUAUGCCACAUAUGGAUAUUUAAUUUUUUUUGGAUGAUACGCUAAAGCAAAACAUGAUCUCAAACAGAAAUAAGAUAUAUUUCAGGGAUGAGUGGGGGCUUGAAAGAAAUGUAUUACAACUUUUAUAAAAGUUGACCAGUAAAACAAGUUAAGACUGUCUUAAAUGGACUCCACUGUACUUUCAGAAAUACUAAAUGGUGAAUGUGAUGCAUUCUAGUCAAUAACCAUCUUUGUUUAAGCAACCAGUGUUGCUUACUGUGCACAUUGGUAGUAUACGAUGGUUUUUUUUACCAACAGAAAGCAGUUACUGUAUUUCAUGACAGAUUACUGUGAACACCCUUAGGUUCAUUUUUUGACCACAUACUGUAAAUAGGCUGUAAUCAGAAGCUGAUGUAUUGAUUGAGGAGUUUUAAAAUACAAAUCUUACCAAUGAAUUUCUUGUGUUACCUUCUUUAUCAUAUACAAUGUUACGCACUUCGUAUUCUUUGUACGGAAAGUGCACUUGAGAUUUUUCAUGUCUUUUUCUGUCAGCAGUAUUACUAAAAUCCUGGCAGUGUGUAAGUUAUGUACAUUGUUGCAUAAUUGUACAGUAAUGAAUCAAAUACAUUCUGUAAAUUAUGUUCUUAAAACUGAGAUUAACCUUCUUGCUUUGUCAAAACCAUUGAUUUAAAAAGUAUUUUCAAUGAAGUGGCAUUGCAUUAAACAUAAAAUAUUA